CGGAAACGUAUGAUAUCUUUCCGUUUUCAACAGUUAACGUAUUAAAAAAUAUUACAAUCGAAAGGAAGUAUUCAUUUAAUUAUUCAGUUAGUUUUGACGAACAAUCUUUGUAGAUUCUAAGAAGCAGCACCUCGACGUUGGUUAACAAGUAAUUUAAUAAGAUAAGGGUUCAUGUUCUAGGAUCGUUUUAAAAAUAAAUUUCUCGCUUGGAUCAGCGCGUCCCUGAGCAAUCAAUAUGGCCUCCAGUUCUACGCGGGGCCCGACAGUGCAGAGCAGGUUUUUCUCGAAAUACCAUCGAUAGGAGCAAGUCGCCUUGAAAAUAAAUUAGCCAAGACGUUGACCGAUUUGGUAAAGCUCAUUUUCGUAGUGAUAAGAAGCAUUUGAGUUACUGUGUUCAGUCAAAAAGAAAUAUCAAAUGACUACAGUCUGUGCACAUAGCGCGUAAGAUAUAUAUACAUAUAUACACACCUAUAUAUAUAUAUGUAUACAGAUCGGUGUGUAUUCCAUCGAUGAACCGAUAUUCGUUUCCGUUUCAUGUUUAACCGGUGCCAUGAUAAUAGUUCAUAGAUAUUCCAGUUAAUAACUAUUGUUUCCUGACUUGGACAUUUAGUGCUUCGAUCUUUCCGAACCUCGUGCCUUCGUAUCUCCGCGGCUUUUCUUAUACGGCGCCAUGUCCGAGUGUAAAAGUCAGGAUGCCGCUACUACGAAAGAGGGUUGCCAAGAAGAGGGCGAAGACUCGGACAUGGCUAGUGGAGUCGAAGAUAAGGUCAGUAUCCAGCAAAUCCUCGAGGGCAUGACCAACGAAUUUAACAAAAGUGUAAGUCCAGUCAAAAACGUAGAUGCUAAUCGACCCUUGGAAAAUUCGGAUUACGAGGAACCCCAGAGACCGUCUUUGACGGCGAUCGUCGAUGAGAUAUCAAACGGUGUUGAUGGAAAUUCUAACGUGGAUAAAUCUGAAGAUAUUAUGACGAUUUCGGCGACGACGUCGACGACGACGACGAUAACGACGACGACGACAACGGCAACGGCUAUGGCGACGACGACGACAACCACGACGACGGCGACAACGACAACGAUGACGGCGACGUCAACAACGAUGACUGCAACAAUAACACAACAAGAAAGUAACGUGGAAUCGGCAAUAGAAGAAAAUCAUCGAGGAGAAGAUGAAGGUGCUCUGAGACAAGAAGUAGUCAAGAAAGACAGCAACAUACCACGAAUAGUUUUAACGUUUAGAACGAUCGACGAAAAUACAGAUCAUGGAAAGAAAACAAAAAUAUCCAGCUGUUCCUCUAAUCUUACUUUAGUACCCGAUGAGCUGGCUAAUUGUGAUCAGAUCGGGGGUGUUUCUGUUAAGAUAGAAAAUCCAGAUGAAAGUUCUGAUAUUGUAGAGAAGUCCGAUUCUGAAGAAUGUAAAAUUGGAGAGCCAACGAAAGAUACUCAGGAAAAAGAUAAAGAAGAAGAGAAGCAAGUUAAAGAGACAGAAAAAAGUAAAAACACGGAACCUGUUGUACACGAAAAGAACAACGAAGAGAUGGCUAGUAUUGAAGAGACUGCUGCUCCUUUAACCAAAGCUGCUGAACCACCAGAAACAACACCACCAAUAACCAGAAAGAGAAGAGUUGGACGACCUAGAUUAAGAACGCUUAGUGACUCAACAGAAGAAACUCCAGGUCCCAAACGUUCUGCGAGAAGAUUGUGCAAAAAAUCCUUUAAAAGUACAGUUUUAGAAAGUGCGAUGGCAAUAAAAGAAAAGUCUAAUUAUACUGAGGAACACUUAAAAUUUAAAAAGCAGAGAAGAUAUAGUAAACCUGGACGACCAAAAAAGAUACCUCAAGGAAAGGAACAGGCAAAGCAAACUCAGAGUAAAGGAUCUGAUGCUCGUCAAGAGUCAGAAGCUUCUCUUCCUGACAUAGAUAAUAAUGCUUCUGAGGUAAAUAUGAGUUUGGAGACUUCUAGAAAUUCUAUUACAGUAGAAGGAAGUACAAAUGAUACGACUUUGGAUGAAUCUCAAAGCUACUCAUCUGAAUUUGAUGGUAUGCCUAAACUAUCUCCAAUGACGAGAAGUUCAGAUAUACAAACGAAAUUGGGUAGUUCUAUUGGUAGUCCUUUGAGUGAUGAGACACCUUUAGCAGAUAUAGAGAAGCCUUUUUUAAAGCCUGCUACUGGUAGACCUAAAAGAGAGAGAGGUCGUCCUCGUGGAAGUCAAGCUGCUCGAAAAAUAGCUAAAGUGGAUUCAUUUGAAGAUGGUUCACCAUCCGUUGCAGAAGCAGGGAAGCACAAUGAUUAUCCUGAAGAAGGUACUGUACCUGCAAAAAGAACCCGUAGAAGUAUGGCUCCUAGUCCAAGUCCUGCAGAAGGACAAGCUUCAAAACCAGAAUCAACUGCUGUUGUUAGUGAAACCUAUGGACAAUCUAUGCUAUGUUUAUGUCAAGUACGAUCUCAACUUUAUGUGACAAUAACUGGUUCUGGUGCACCUCUUUAUUGUACAGCAAUAGAUUCUAUUGAUAAUAGAUUAGUAGGAUGUUGUAACGAAGUUGAUAGUAAUGAUGUUGCAAUGAGAAGACCUAGUACUCGAGUUCCUUUUAUUAUAUUGUGUCGUAUGCAUAAGGAAAGACUUUUAAGACAUAAUUGCUGUCCUUCGUGUGGACUAUUUUGUUCACAAGGUAGAUUUGUUCAAUGUACUAAUGGCCAUCAAUAUCACAGAGAAUGUGAAGUGUAUCCAAAUAAAAAAGGAGCUUGUCCACAUUGUGGAAGUGAAAGUACAAUAUAUGAUGUAAUGGUCACAGUCAGCGGAAUGCGAAGACCUGUAUUCAUACCAACACGGAAGAAGUUUUCUAAAUUACCAUCUGCAAAAAUGAGUUUACCUGGUAAAGGAGAUAAUACAAAAUUAGCAGAACGUCCACCUAGUCCUUUAAUAAGGCCUGAGAUUAUUAAGAUACCAGAACCAUCAAUUAAUUCAGAAAGGCCAGAACGUUAUACUAUCAUGAGUCUUUAUACAUCUGUAAAAAAUGGUGAUUUAGAAAAGUUGGUAAAUGUAUUAGCGUGUGGUUACAAUGCAAAUCAUAUAUUUAGAGAAUAUGCUCAUCGUAGUGGUCUACAUAUUGCUGCAGACAAGGGUCACUUGUCUUGUGUGCAUGUCUUAGUACAAGCUGGUGCUCAAUUAGAUGUGAUGGAUAGAAAUCAAUUGACACCUUUGAUGUUAGCAGCUAGUAAAGGAAAAGCUGAUGUGGUAAAAUAUUUAGUCAGGAUAGGUGCAGAUGUAACUAUGAAAGGAGAAGAUGGCAUGACUGCUUUACAUAUGGCUGCAAAAUCUGGUCAUUUAGAAGUAUGUCAAAUUAUUUUAACAGAAUGUAAAGUUCCGAGGACUUUAGUAGAUUCUGUGGAUGAUGGUGGAUGGACAAGUUUAAUUUGGGCAUGUGAAUUUUGUCAUACUGAUGUAGCAAGGUUUCUUUUAGAUAAGAAAUGUGAUCCAUUGAUCAGAGAUGCAGAACAGAAUAUAGCACUUCACUGGAGUGCUUAUAGUGGAAGUGCAGAAAUUACUGAAAUGCUUUUGAACGAAGGAUGUGAUGUAAAUGCAGUAAAUGUUCAUGGUGAUACUCCAUUACAUAUUGCUGCAAGGCAAGAUCAGUACGCAGUUAGUGUUUUAUUGUUAGCUCGAGGUGCAAAAAUAGGAGAGAUUAAUGCAGCUGGAGAAACAGCAGUAAAUUGUUGUACAAAUGAUGGUGAUACUAUGUCAGCAUUAAGAUUAAAUGCUAAAGUUAAUGAAUUAUCUGAACAUAUGUGGGAAAAAACUGUUAAAAUAUUAACAAACGAUAUUUCACGUGGUAAAGAAACAAACCCAAUACAAUGUGUUAAUGGUUAUGAUUCUGAAGAUAAACCAACAGAUUUUCUUUAUGUAACUGAAAAUUGCUUUACCAGUAAUAUACACGUCGAUCGUACAAUAACAUCUUUGCAGUCUUGUAGAUGCGAAGAUAAUUGUAGUUCCGAAAAGUGUCUCUGCGGAAAUAUAAGUUUAAGAUGUUGGUACGAUGAAGAGGGAAAACUUAUUCCAGAAUUUAAUUAUACUGAUCCUCCUAUGUUGUUUGAAUGCAAUCCAGCUUGUGAUUGUAAUCGGAUAACUUGUAACAAUCGAGUUGUUCAACAUGGUUUGACACAGAGAUUUCAGUUGUUCAGAACAAAAGGUAAAGGUUGGGGUCUUAGAACUUUACGUCAUAUUCCAAAGGGUACAUAUGUUUGUGAAUAUGUGGGAGAAAUUAUUUCGGAUUCUGAAGCUGAUCAUCGAGAGGAUGAUUCAUAUUUAUUUGAUUUAGAUAAUCGGGACGGAGAAACAUAUUGCAUUGAUGCAAGGCGUUAUGGAAAUAUUGCACGAUUCAUUAAUCACUCUUGUGCACCUAAUUUAUUACCAGUACGAGUGUUUGUCGAACAUCAAGAUUUGCAUUUUCCUAGGAUAGCAUUCUUCGCUAAUCGAGACAUCGAAGCCGACGAAGAGCUCGGCUUCGAUUAUGGGGAAAAAUUCUGGAUAAUAAAAUGCAAGUCUUUCACAUGUACCUGUGGAGCUGAAAACUGCCGAUAUUCGGAGAAGACUAUACAAGUAACGUUGGAUAACUAUCGGAGAAAAAUACAGCAAGAAGAAAUGCUCUCCGGUCAAACGUCGUAAUUUUCAAUGAGAAUCUAGUUGAUUUUAUGCUCUUAUAUUACGAGAUAAUAUUACGCUUUUUAUUAUUUUUUAAUGGGGAAUUAAUUAAAUCUCCGUAAUUUUUAUUUCAAUACUUUUUUCCCUUUCCCAAGAGUACAAGUACAAAUGGUGAUGGGACGUAGAGAUUUUAAAAGGAUAACUGAUCCAGUUAUACCUCGCAUUCAAAGUUAGGAAUGAACUGAAUUUGUUUUCAGUUCGCUGAUAGUUUCCUCAGGUUUGGCCAUACUUUCCUAUUCAGCCGACUUUCUGGAAGAAUAAUGCCUUUGGUGAACGUGCCACUGAUCGAUUUUAUUUAGUAAAACAGCGAUAGACAUAAUGCAUUAGCGUUAAACUGUUAUCGUACAUAUUGUACGAAUCACAGGAGAAAUGAGAGAGAUACGACUUUUUUCAACUGUAAUUAUAAUAGAUUUUAAAUGUGUUGUGUGAGAGAUUAGAAGUGAACGAAUUUAUCAUCAAAAUAAAUCAAUUGUAACUGAACGACGACCGUGAAAUUAAACCUCUAUUCUAAAAU